AGCUGAAAACAUCGGGGAGAACAGGCAACAACUGAAUAUUUAUUCUUUCUAUAUUAUUUUGGUAAAGUAAUUAUAUUUAUUCGGAGAUAUCGGGAGAAGGACGGAUACUGAAGAGAGCACUGCGCUACCAUAUCGAAGGAUUUUAUUUUCAUUUGUUGCUUUUUGAUCCAUUGUUUCCAAGUUUAAAGGAUUUAUAAUUUAAGAGAUCACAAAGGUGUGAAGUCUCAUAAUGAUGCUCAGCGCACUGUUUUUACUUUUGAUGCUGUGGAACUGCGAGGGCGUCAGGUUGCCAGCAGAAAACCGAGAUGACAAUAGCAUCUAUGAUUUGUUCGAACUUGCUCAUGUACCCAACAAACACCAUGGAGUGAGCUUAGUGAAAGGUCCAGAUCCAAACAGUCCUGCUUACAAGAUUCUGAACCCAAACCUGAUCCCCUCAGUUCCCGACAUCGCCUUCAGGGACAUAAUUGAUUCCAUUCAGACAGAAAAGGGAUUUCUUCUUUUGGCCACCUUCAAGCAAGCCAAGAAGACCAGGGGCAGUAUAUUGGUCGUGGAAAAGAAAGACGGCUCCGGACCCAUUUUUGAAAUAAUCUCUAACGGCAAAGCAAACAGCUUAGAUCUGGUAUACACUACCAUGAACAAGCAACAGGUGGUGUCCAUCGACGAUUCCUUUCUGUCCACCGGGGGUUGGAAGAACAUCACCCUUUUCGUGCAGGAAGACCGGGCGCAGUUGUUUGUGGGCUGCGAGGAGGUCAACACCGCGGAACUAGAUGCGUCCAUCCAUAGAAUCCUCGCCCAGGAGAUCACUGAUAUCGCCAGGCUGAGAAUCGGGAAGGGAGCAGUGAAAGACAGAUUUAUGGGCGUGCUCCAGAAUGUGCGAUUCGUUUUCAGAACCAGUCUUGACGCCAUCCUGCGCAACAUGGGGUGCCAGAGUCACAACACCUUCUCAGAGGUCAUAACUUUGGACAAUCCAGUGAAUGGGUCAAGCCCCGCCAUUCGCACUGACUACACUGGCCACAAAACCAAAGAAGUCCAGGGCGUGUGUGGCUUCACUUGUGACGACCUGAACAGCAUGUUUAAUGAGCUGAAGGGACUCGGCUUGAUGGUGAAGAAGCUGACCAAUGAGCUCCAUGAAGUGACUAAAGACAACCAGGUUAUCAUGAGCACCAUGAAGAUCCACAGCGGUGUGUGCCUGCACAACGGCAUUGUCUAUAAGGACCGUGAUGAGUGGACGGUGGAUGCUUGCACCGAGUGCACGUGUCAGAACUCUGCCACCGUAUGCCGGAGGAUCUCCUGUCCACUGGUGCCCUGCCAGAAUGCCACCGUGCCCGAGGGACAGUGCUGCCCCCGCUGCGGAGAAAUCGAUCAUGAAGGUGCAGGCUGGUCCCCAUGGUCCGAGUGGACUCAAUGCUCCGUCACCUGCGGAAGGGGCACCCAGACCCGUGGACGCUCCUGCGACCGCAUCACCAACAGCUGCGAAGGCUCAUCUGUGCAGACCCGUGACUGCUUCCUGCAGGAGUGCGACAAGCGCUUCCGACAGGAUGGGGGCUGGAGCCACUGGUCUCCCUGGUCGUCCUGCUCAGUCACCUGCGGAGAGGGCGUCAUCACCCGCAUCCGUCUCUGCAACUCUCCCACCCCACAGAUGGGAGGCAAGGAGUGCCAGGGAGAGGGCCGUGAGACCAAGCCCUGCAAGGAGGUGCAGUGUCCGAUCAAUGGAGGCUGGGGUCCCUGGUCCCCAUGGGACACCUGCUCAGUCACCUGCGGUGGUGGAUCCCAGACCAGACAGCGUCUCUGCACUGACCCUGCUCCCAAGUACGGUGGCAAGGACUGUGUGGGCCCACCCAAGGAAGAACAGCUGUGCAACACUGAGAAAUGCCCCAUCGAUGGCUGUCUGUCCAGUCCCUGCUUUGCUGGAACUAAGUGCACCAGUUUUGCUGAUGGAAGCUUCAAGUGUGGUGCAUGCCCACCAGGCUACUCUGGAGAUGGCAUUAGCUGCAAGGAUAUUGAUGAGUGUAAAAUGGUUCCUGAUGCCUGCUUCGUGCUCAAUGGAGUGCACCGUUGUGAGAACACUGAGCCCGGGUACAACUGCCUACCAUGCCCCGCACGCUACUCUGGGCCUCAUCCCUAUGGCAGGGGCGUGGAGGAGGCUACUAUCAAGAAGCAGGUUUGUCUGCCACGCAACCCUUGCAAGGACGGGACCCACGACUGCAACAAGCAUGCCAACUGCAUCUACCUGGGCAUCUUCUCCGACGCCAUGUACCGCUGCGAGUGCAAACCUGGCUAUGCUGGCAAUGGGCACAUCUGCGGCGAGGACUCUGACCUUGAUGGCUGGCCCAAUCGGGACCUCCUUUGUGUUGCCAACGCUACUUAUCACUGCAAAAAGGACAACUGCCCCAAUCUUCCCAACUCGGGCCAAGAAGACUACGACAAAGAUGGGAUGGGUGACGCUUGCGAUGAUGAUGAUGACAAUGAUGGGAUCCCUGAUGAUAGGGACAACUGCCAGUUUGUCUUCAAUCCAACACAGUACGAUGAUGACCGUGAUGAUGUUGGUAACCUCUGUGACAACUGCCCAUAUGAACCCAACACAGAUCAAAUCGACACUGACAACAAUGGAGAGGGAGAUGCAUGUGCUAUUGACAUUGAUGGCGAUGGUAUUCUUAAUGAGAAGGACAACUGCCCCUACGUGUACAAUGUUGACCAGAGGGACACUGACAGAGAUGGUGUUGGUGACCACUGUGACAACUGCCCUCUUGAACACAACCCUGACCAGACCGACUCUGAUUCAGACCGUGUGGGAGAUAAAUGUGACAGCAAUGAAGACAUCGAUGAGGAUGGUCACCAGAACAACUUGGACAACUGCCCCUACAUUCCCAAUGCCAACCAGGCCGACCAUGACAAAGAUGGCAAGGGAGACGCGUGUGACCAUGAUGAUGACAAUGAUGGCAUUCCAGACGAGAAGGACAACUGCCGACUAGCCUUCAACCCUGACCAGAUUGAUUCUGAUGGUGAUGGUCGUGGAGAUGUUUGUAAGGAUGACUUCGACCAAGACAACGUGCUCGACAUUGAUGACGUGUGUCCUGAGAACUUCGCCAUCAGUGAGACAGACUUCCGCAGGUUCCAGAUGGUUCCACUGGACCCCACGGGCACCUCUCAGAUCGACCCCAACUGGGUGGUUCGCCACCAGGGCAAAGAGCUGGUGCAGACAGUCAACUGUGAUCCUGGCAUUGCAGUUGGUUUUGACGAGUUCAACGCUGUGGACUUCAGUGGCACCUUUUUCAUCAACACUGACCGUGAUGAUGACUAUGCCGGCUUCGUAUUCGGCUACCAGUCCAGCUCGCGCUUCUAUGUUGUCAUGUGGAAACAGAUUACGCAGACCUACUGGUCCCACCAUCCAACCAAAGCACAGGGAUAUUCUGGCCUGUCCAUCAAGGUGGUCAAUUCCACCACCGGACCAGGAGAGCACCUGAGGAAUGCCCUGUGGCACACCGGAGACACCCCUGGACAGGUGCGCACACUGUGGCACGACCCCAAGAACAUCGGCUGGAAGGACUACACUGCCUACAGAUGGCACCUGACCCACAGACCCAAGACUGGACACAUCAGAGUGGUCAUGUAUGAAGGCAAGAAGAUCAUGGCUGAUUCUGGAUUCAUCAAUGACAAGACAUACGCAGGUGGAAGACUAGGUCUUUUUGUCUUCUCUCAGGAAAUGGUUUACUUCUCAGACCUCAAAUACGAAUGCAGAGAUUCAUAAUUCAAGCAAGAUGGCCACCCCCACAUGAAUGUGCCUUUAUGUACAAAUCUAAACAUGUAAUGUAUGUGUUGGACCAUAUAUCUAUCACUCCUCCCUUUGGAUCAAGAGAGGGGUGAGUGGCUUUGAAGUUACUUGACUAAGAGAUGUCUGACGGUUGACUGCUGGAUGAAGAUACUGAAACCCCUGCAUCUUGGCAGGUAGUGCCUUGGGAGGCACAAACUCCCCCCACUCCCACUCUACUGGAGGGGGGAUUCUUUUUAACCCUGCAUUGCACAGAAGGGGGUUCUAAAACAUGUCUUUGAACUUCUUUGAACUAGCCAGCCUCCCUCUCUGACCAUCCGAAACCAAAGGGAUGUGUUUUCAUUUUGUUUUAUUUGGUUAUCCUCAGAUCUGCUGUGGACUAUUUUCAAAAAGACUAACUUGACCCCACCAAAAUGAGCAUCUCUACCACAAUCAAUUGGACUAUUCUAGUGAAAUUCCCUGUCUUUUAGAGUAUUGUAAUACAUAUGAGAGUGAACCAAAAAACUUAUUGGCAAGAAAAAAUAUGUUGCAAACCAAGGAUCCUUCCUUAGCUUGACCCUACUAUACAUCCAAGUACUCUCUCAAGGCCACCAAAAACUGAAAACUGAGUCAUGCUAAGAGUAGCAAUUUAAAAGAUUUCUGCAGAUGGACUGUGGAAGUGUGUAGCACACACACACACACACACACACACACUAGCAGAGCAGGAGAGAACGCCCAGAGUCUGUAAUUCAGAUGAGGCUGAAAUCAGGCCUAUUCAUUUCUAAAAGACUUGCUGUCUGGCCAUUUUGAUUAGAGAUUGAGGACGAAGGAAGGAAGAAGACUUAUAUGGAGAAGAGAAGUAAAAGUUGAGCAUUUUUGCAUUUUGUAUAAAAAGGACCACAUUUUGUAACAGUGUAUAUAAGUACAUAUUUAUUGUAUAUGUUGAUUGCUGAUGUAAAAGGGUUCAGAUGUUUUUUGACAUCUGGUCCUUACUCAUCUCAUUGUCCUUUGUCAAAGAGGUUAACAAGAUGGCAUUAACUUUGAAGUUAAACUGGAAAACAUAGGGAAAAUCCACCAAUCUGCUCAAGUAGAAUUCAGUAUUAUCUCCUUCCAAUUGCAAUAAGGUAAUAUAAUGUGUCUUCUUGUUUUUGCUUACAACAUCCAUACAGUUUUGUACUCAUAACUAGUGUGUCUGAGUAUGCUCUGCAUUUGAGUGAACACAAUGUACAAAUAUUACCUCAGUGAUGUACAAUUGAAACCAAAAACACAUAUCUUGGAGCUGCAAUAUAUACAGUGGUUGGCUUUGUAAUUGCUACUGUAGUACAGUCAUAUUUUUAGCCUGUAUAUAAUACAAAGUAUUUUUUGUAGCAGACAGUUCCCAACAUAAGAAUUGACUAGUUUUUAUAAAUAUGUUGUGCUUUAUGUCGGAUGAUGCCUUUUCUAAAGUAAAUAAGUUAUUGUAUUGAAUUAUUUUGAGAAGUUAUUUGAUGUGUGUAGAUAUAUGCUAUUUAAAUAAUUUAUCAAGAAACGUUACCUGAUGUGGAAGUGUUUCUGUCUGUAUAAACUGUUUGCACACUGACAUGAGGUUAUUUUUGUUUUGUGUUUUUGGUUUUUGUGUUUUUUUUUCUCAUCUUUUUUUACUAUUAGUGAUGCUUAUAUUUAAUUUGUACCAGUUUUACCCACAAAAAAAGAUUGUUUUGACUCAUACCAUGUAAUUGUUAAUGUCAAUGGAACAAUAAACAACUCUAAGAAAGAA